AGGUUGCAAAUCUUCGCUGACAUCAUCAAGACACAAGAACUACAAACAGAAACGCAAGAGCAAGCCAGUUCUUGCAAUACAAAGAUCGGGCGUAGUACGAUAAGCCGUAGAAUGACGAGAAUUUCGUCCCAGAUCAGAAAAUUUGAGAAAAAAAAGACUGUGAUUCUUACAAAAAGGAACAAGUUUUGAAAUACCAAAGAAUGAUGUCGACAACUUUGUCUACUACACGACCUGCGACAGUUCAACAGCCGCAACAAGAGAUGAAAGCGCUUUCCUGGGCCGAGCGGCUCCGGAUCCCGUCGAAGAUGCGGACGGUUGUUGUUUCGCCGAAAAUUAUCAUGGAGUGCUCGAUGAAAUCAGUGGAACCAGUUGCGCUACCGCCUCCACAAAAAGGACUAGCAAUAAGCGGACGAAAAAAUGCCGCCGCUGCUCCACCUGCUGGAGCGGUACUUGUCGAUAAGAAACAGGAGCUGCACCCUGUCUCGAACAAUAUCAAGAGCGAAGUUGUUGCAGCAGCGGUCGUCCGCGAGAGGACUGAGCGCAACAGUACCACGACGCCGGAGCGAACAACUGCAUCACCGGCUAGCUACGUCGAGGAGGAACAAGCGACCAUCACUGAAGCAGAUCAUACUGACAGUACUAACCAGCACGCCGAGGUGGAUGAACACCUCCAGAAGCUGAUCGUGAAGCCUAGCCCCGCCGGAGAUCAUGGUCCUCGUGGUUGUACUUCUUCUAGCAGUUCUUGUGUCGACUCCUCCUACAACCCCGAUUCAGAUACCAGUCCAGCUUUCUCCACCACGACGGCGUCAUCCUUUUCCCCUUCGACUUCGUCCUCGUCGUUCUCGCCUUUGUCUUCAUGCGGAACGAGUAAAGCGGGAAGCUUUUCUCAGGCAGAAUCACAUGAAGCUGAGGAAGACGAAGAACAAAAUGAAAAUCAUGUUGUAUGCACUGCAAAAGUUUCGUACUCGUAUAAAUGCAUUACAAAUUUCCCCAGCAUGAAAAAUAAAAUUUGUAAUGCAGAUUUGCCUUGGAAACAAGAUUUGUAAUGCAAGACUUGCAUUUGUACGAGUACGAUACUUUUGCACAGGAUAUGUUGGGUCGUUCCUCGAUUUACGAUCCAUCGUCCUGUCCAAGUUCGCGCACAGGCACGCUGCCAUGGCAAACAGCAUUACAAAGUCGCAGUCGACAACGACGUGCAGUAGAGAAGAGAAAAUGGACACUCCCUGCUCCGUAUCCUGUGCAAAAGUAUCGUACUCGUAGUAAUUGCAGUCACGCAUCACAAAUCUUUUUCUUAAGGUAAAUCCGCAUAUACAAAUUUCAUUUCUCAUGCUGAGGAAAUUUGUAAUGCAAUUACGCGAGUGCGAUACUUUUGCAAUUGAUACUCCGUCAUCCCCGUAGACGGCGUCGAGCUGGAGAUUCUUUUGACGAUCCAUACCGCGAUGGAAGCAGUGGUCCGAAAAGAACACAACUACAGGAAGAUGAACUACAGUAAACUCGAUGGAAGUAAUACGCAAACCGCAACACAAAUUCAGCACGGCAUGCAGCGUAUGAAUUGCAAAAGUAAUAUCGUACUAGUAGUAAUUGCAACACAAAUUGGCUCAGCAUUACAAAUUGAAUUUGUAAUGCGGAUUUUCCUUAGGGACUAGAUUUGUAAUUCAUAAAUGCAAUUAGUACGAGCACGAUACUUUUGCACAGGAUACAGCUCUUCGGCAGUUCGGUGAACGGAUUUCGCUUAUCCAUUCGAAAAAGCAUUUCGCCCUUACAUAUAGUAUUGCGCAUGACAACGUUCCUCAGCGCGCUGGAAAAUGAUGAAAUUUGCGAUGCUAAAUCAGGUAGUGGUAGGACAACGAAGAUAAAACAUAUACGACAUCUGUAAUGCGUGAUUGCAAUAUUAAUUAGGUCUUGCACGACAUCAAAAUGUCGUGUGUAGAAAUGCUUUUGCGCAGGUGGAUAUCGGUCCAAAAACAGCGACUUGGAUUUGAGCUGGGAUUUGCCGGAUUCCGUGGUGAGAGAAGAAGCGUUAGCCAGGCUACAUGACGAACUAGAGGUGAUGUUGACCAUGACCACCACCCUGACGGAGCAUGAGGAAGAUAAUCACGUAGAACCGCAGCAAAUACAAUUACUAUCGCAUGAGGACCACGACCACAAGAAGAUGAAUCUGAACUCCAAACCCGUUAUUUCCCACCUCCAUCGUCUCGAAUUAAUCCCGAGCCGCAAGACGCCGAUUCUGCGGUGCCACUUCAGAAAGAACGGAGGAACUACAGCGGAUCAAGCGACCGUAGUGGAGAUUUCGGUCCGAAACGAAGCCGGCAUCGCGAACAGUGUCUUGCUAAAAAACCUGGGCGAAUCCCUACACCAAGACGCGUCUCUCCUGGGUAUUUUGGUGAAGCAGUGGGCGAAGCGGCGGCAAAUACCCUCCGCGAGCGCCAUAUGGGAGUGUCAGGAUCGAAAUCGACAAAGUUGAAAUUAUUUGUAAUGCAUAGAAUGAUCGAUAGCAAUUCCAAUUGGAGACCCAAUCGCCAAGCGGCGCAUGACAAGUUUUGGUGGAACCCAAAUCCAGUCUGUUAUGCUGGUUAGGCAAAGACGAUACCUCUUGCCAUGCUAUUUUAGCAGCCCUGUCUCUAACGACCCCGAACAGGCUUCUAAUCGCCCUCUUUUGCCUGCUCUGCAAGACAGGCAAUCUGUGCAUUUUAUUUUAUGCAUCACAAAUUUUUUCAACUUUGUCCAUUUCGAUCCUGACAUUUUCAUACGCCGGCGGGUUGUCGAGUUACUGUCUCAUUUUGAUGGUGUUGUACUUCCUGGGGUCUAGAAGUAGUACCUCGUCGUGCAGUCAAGAUGAAGCUCCCGGCAGGAGCUGCUACUUCCGGAAUGAUCCAGCAGGCCGCUUCGAAAGUGAUAAAACAAAUGGAGGUGAACAUGAUGAACAUCAAGUCCCUGCUUCUGGUCCUGGUUCAUCGAGUUCUGCUCGUCCUACUAGAAGAACGCCCACCACCACCUUAGAGCAGCUCUUCCUCGAGUUCUGUGAGUUCUACACCGCGCCGCCGACCCGCGCAGUAAAUACGAGGAGCAGCGGUACUAUUGCGACGGCGCCAAAACGACCGAGCGACACACACCAAGACGACGAGCGGCAUGUGGUUUCUUCUGAUCAAGUUGCAUUGUUCCCAUUCCACUUCGACAAAAACACCGACUGUGUCUGCGUCCGGGGGAUGUUUAAAGAUAUAUCUGCACGAGUAGCACAAGCACAACAAGAACUACCGGUGUCAAAAAUUAUGUCGACCACCAGCUGCACACAAGGACCAGGGGCGGCGACUUCUGCGAGUAGAACCCCUUCUAGAAGAAGUUGUACUACACCGCUGAACUUUUCUUCUCCAUCAGCGCAUAAUUCCGCAGGAGUUUCAUCAUCAUCUCGUGUUGAAACAAGCACGGUGACCACAAGUAAGUGUCAAAUGUAAAAAUGUCUGGGUCUGGAAGCAUCCAAAUUUGUGAUGCGUAUUGCCGAACACAGAAAAAUCUCUCAUGCAUAGGUAGCAAAAGCUGCCCACUCUCUGUCACCAAAGUGGGGGACUUGUCAUGCGGAUUCGGCAUUGCGGAAGCUUCUCGAAACCUGUGAUGCUAGAGCUUCCAUGCCAGCAUUGACUCUUCCAGACCCAGACAUUUUUGCAUUUGAUAGUAAGAUCCCAAAACCCAACCCGACCGACGCGGAAUUAAAGCAGACCUGGUCGUAUGCCGUGCAAAAGCAGUGUACUCGUAUAAAUGCUUUUCCUCAGCAUGAGAACUAAAAUUUGUAAUGCGGAUUUACUUUUGAGAAAAAGAUUUGUGAUGCAUGAUUGCAAGAAUUACUACUCCCCAAGAGAUUUGAAUCGAGCACUGCCCGAGAUUUUAGAUGAUGAAUAUUUGAAAAAAUGAAAAAAGAAACUUUUUUAAUUUUUGCAGCGCGCGCAAGCUUGCGCUGCCGGGGGGCUUCGCCCUCCCCAUGUUCGCGGAAGAUUUUAGACUUUGCCCCGCCCCUUCGGCUUUUUCUUUCUUUGCGUGUAGUGUAGCCUCGGCAGGCGAUUCGUUUUCCCCGCCACCUGCUCGCGUGCUGACGUGGGCGCCUUUGGGGUGCUGUCCGUUUUUUAUGUUGCCCGCGCGGCGCGGGUCUCCAUGUCGGAGCUAAGGCGUGCGGCUCCGUGGCGCUUUGUGCUUUUUUUUGCCGGGGCUUUUUUUUGCAUUUUUGCUAUUUAUUUUAUGCCAGUAGGAACAUGAACAGCAGCCCGCCUCUGCAGUUGGCGCCCUUUUUCUCUUUUUCGUGUCGAAAUUUUCGUGGGCCAAACACGCGGCGCCGGCUGUGUCUUUCGCACUUUGCUUCCAGAGCUAGUGGCGCGACUGCUUCGCGUAAGCGCCCCUGAAUUAGCACCAAGCGAGGCUCUUCGUUGGUUUUCCAUGUAAUGCAAUCCCGGAGGCCGGUCCGGCGUGUCAGCCAGCGGCCUGCUUCUUGGUGCGGACAUUUUUCUGGUGUUUUUCGUUUCGCGCGUUGGACGCGUGGGGUUUAUCUUCAUGUCAGGGCGCAGAAGAGUGACGCGGCGGCGUUUUUCGCUCCUUGUCUGCAUUUGUGGGCUUACUAUCCUUGCUGCGCUGCAGCGCCAGCCCCGACUUGCCAAGCAUGAGAGGCGCCGCGGUUGCUAAGGUUUUACGCUAAAAGUGGCGACGCUGUCCAUGUUUUGCCUUCGUCUUACUUUUUGGGUGUCUUUCCGUUGCUUUUUUGCCGUACUUCGUUCAUUUUGUUGCGUUUUUGCGCCUUUUCGAGCUACGCGGAGCUUUUCUGGCGCAUUUUGGGGCUAAAAACGAACAAACCGCCUGGGGCUGGUUAUUUUCGCCGCCGGUUUGCCGUAUUUCGUUCAUUUCGUCGCGCUUUUGUGCCUUUUUAAGUUGGAGGAAGUUUCUGUGGCGCAUUUUGGUCCUCAGAACGGCCAAACUGUCUGGAAUUGGCCUGGCGGAUGCGAUAGCGCCACCGCUCUGCGGACUUGCUCCUGCAAAAUCACCGGCGCGCGCCUUGUCGCGCCUUUGCGCCUUUUUGGAGAAUUUGCAAAGUGUUGCACUUUUUCACCUAUUUCGAUGGCUUUGCGACGUUUUUGCUUUAGUUUGCGUCUGUUGGUGCAUUUGCGCACCUUUUUGAGCUGAGGGGAGCUCUUUUGGCGCAUUUUGGUCCUAAGUACGACCAAACUGUCGGGAGUUAGCCUUACGGGUGCGACAGCGCCAACGCGCUGUGAACCGCUGCAAAAUCAUCGGCGCGCGCAAUGUCGCGACUUUGCGCAUUUUUCGAGAAUGCGCAUAGUGGCGCACUUUUGUGCCUAUUUUGAAAAAUUUGCGCCCUUUCCGCCUUAGUUUUUGCAUUUUUUCUGGCGCAUUUGCGCAAUUUUUAGGCUUAACAAGGUGGCCCCGCCGUGUGCUUUUUCGUCCAACCAUUUCGCUCUUUUUGACUUAACAAGACCUGUUCUGCAGUGAAAUGAGUCGAAUUAGCACCAAAAAGGCGCGUCUGUACCUUAAGAAAGUUGGCACUUUUCUUUCCAUGUGAUACAUGUUUGCAAUACAAGUUGACAACUUCUGCAAAAUUAGUCGCCUUUUUGUCUUUUUGGCUUAGCGAGACCCAAUCUGCACCAGGAUGGCCCUAGUUAGCACGAAGAAGCUGUCUCUUUGCCGUUGUUGCUUUUCGUUGGCCAGCGCCACGAGCGAUUCCGAAGCCGAGCGCGUUAGUUUGCUAGCCAGAUCUGCUCCACUUUGUUCACAUUUUCGCCUGAAUAAGCGAGACAACUGUACUGGAAUCAGGUGGGCGGCGUCCGUUCUUGCCGGCCUUGGGCCAUGCUUUUUGUCGUGUUUUGACUCGUGCUGUUUGUCUGCGCGCAUGUGCGUGCUUCUUUGGGGAUUUUUGUCUCGUUUUUCUUUUAUUUUGCUUACUUACAGCGCCUGUGUUCGCGUUUCUGUAGUUUUUUAUUCGAAUUUGGCGCAUUUCAGCACAUUGUGGGCGUUCUAGAAUCGAACCACCUGCCAAAUAGACUAACAAACGCAGCGACAAGCAUCGCAAAACUGUGGCGCUGCGUUUUGGUGCACGGUUUCCGCCUGCGCGCGUAUUGUUGUGAAGUUGCCGCGUUUUCUGGUCAAUUAGCGCACUUUGGUGCAUUUUUGCGGGUUUUUGCGUCAUUUUGACGCAUUUGGUUGCAUUUUCGCGCUUUUUUGAUGCAAUUUGCUUAAAUCUGAUCUAUUUUAAGCGAUUUCGAAAAAAAAAACAGCGGGCGACUUUUAACCUUAUAGCUCACAGCUCGCGACUUUUUUCGAAUUUCGCAAGUUUUUGCGAGUGUGCCUUUAUGCUCAUUUUUGUCGUUAUUUUGCUCAGUUUGCGACUUUUUUCCUUUUUUUGUCGCAUUUUCGCACAUGAGGGCACUUUUAGCGCUUAACUAUGUGGCCCCGCCGUGCGCUUUUCCGGCGUUUUUGUUGUUUUUGACUUAACAAGACCAGUUUUGCACUAAAAUGACCUGAAUUAGCACGAACGCUGUGCAUUUUGACCUUAAGAAAAUUGAAAUUUUUUUUUCUGAUGUGAUGCAUGUUUGCAAUACAAGUUAAAGACGAGUGCGACGCUUUUGCAAUGCAUAGUCUGCGGUUCGGGCGAAAACCGGAACAGCUGUACGUUCGGGAUCCGUUGAUUGAUCGGAACGUGGCGGAUACGCAAGAAAAAAACCAUGUGAGUGUAAGUCUGUGAUGCAGAAAUAUCCAACGCAGUUAUCGCUUGUCAUGCUGGAUGUGCGACGUCAUAGGCUACUUUCAUUUACGUGUAGUUUCCAGUGAUACAACUGGCUGCGCAUGACAGGUUUUGUUCCCUGUAAAAAUGCAAAGCGAAUUUGUGAUGCUGCGGUUUCUACAAAUAAACUACGCUUACACGGUAGUUUUUUUCCUGGAUAGCGGAAACGUGCAGUGCGAAGAACGAAGAUUUGUUCUUCCAAGAGUUAAAAUUCGCCAAGGAGAGGAUGCGGGAGUUCUUUCAUCAAGAGGAGCUAAAUUAUGCAGCGGAAGAAACUACACACGACACAAGUGCUGUCAUUAAAGGUGCUGCAGCAACAGCACAAUCAAGACACCACGACCAGAUGACAUCAAACAAGGGGAUGUUGUUGAACCAGAAGAGCGACACUCGAAGCGGACGAACUAGUGCAGCACGUAAUACCAGUUCGACGGAGUUGCACCCUGGCGAUGGUGGAAGUAGAUUAAAUCGUCUGCAAAGUAGAACGAAGAUUCUGGAGGAACUGUUUCUGGAGCAGCCGGGCGUGGAGUUUUCUCAUCAACAUCAAGACCAGAACGAAGAUAAAAUCGUGUCCGACGUCGAACAAGCACCAGAUCAUGAUUUCAACUUCUACUACCCGAUCUACCCCCCGCCCCCGCCAGCAACAGAUCUUCGGGGCCUGACCAAAACCAAGACCUGGCCUGGGGGGCAGAACGCGGAGGUUCGGCAAGAUGAAGAACCAGAACCCGCCGGAGGACCACCGGAGAUGAUAACUACUACCCGUCCUCGGAUGGACAUCGAGAGCGACCUAGAACACUAUACACCAGCAGGAGUUCUUGCACUUCGCGCAAUCACAUUGCACGAGGGAUCAUUUGCCAUCGAAGACACCCCCGAGACGAGCUGCUGCUGUACGAGCAAAAAUCCUUCUUCUUGGGAGCAAUACUGUUACCGAGUUCUGUUUCAGAGACAACUAGUACGACCCCUCCAGGUCGUGGACGAUAAUUUCGAUCAGGUGCAACUACAACCAGCAACCGCGGUAGAAGAAGUACAACUAGAGGGACAUCAGAGACAACAGCAUGAUUGUCGGAAAGAGGAGUUGUUGGACUACUGUUUGAAAGAAGUCGAUAAGAUGAGAAGCAUGGCAGUUGUGUUGUCAACAACAUCUCAGCAAAAAGUGCUUGCGUCGACUGCUGCAACAACUUCGUCCACCCCCACAGGAGCGAACAUGAUCAUGGGCUUAUGCAUUGCAAAUAUGUCUGGGUCUGGAAAGAACCUGUGAUGCAAGGAAGGGAAUAGUGAGAACACUGUAAUGCGCUGCCAAGCAUGACAAUUUUUUCGGUGCUUCUGAGUUGCGUACUCCGCAUGAGAAACUGCGUUUUUGCAUGACAGCCCACGGGAGCUCUUCGCGGCCACGCAAUACAGAGUUCGGAGUCGUGCCAGACUAGCAUGACAAAUCUCGCAAUCUCCCAGACCCAGACACAUUUGCAUUUGAUAGGCCUGCAAUAGGAGCACCGCGACCUCCUCAAGGUCGUCAACGAGCUCAAUGUCGACGUCUAUGUCAACAGAAAACGAGAGACGAGAUGACCCGUCGUCUCCAACCAGCGGCUUCACAACUCCUUGGUAUUGGCAAGAUCCGCAAAUGAUCUGCACCAACUACAACCCCUGGCUUUUGCCCGCGUACAGUAGUUACAACAAGCGGGAACAACAAGCAGGGGGGCCGCGACGAAUGCAAGAGCCUAGUAUAAUCAAACCUACCCACCGCAUCGACUUUCAAGACGGGUGGAACGAGGAAAAUUUCGUGCAGUACCGGGGGAGAUUUUCCCACUGGAGGUGUCGUGUGGAUUUUGUCGUACGCAGGCCGGAGUUUGAUGUUCAGGCGACUUGUGGCACUACUACUUCCAUGUGUUCAGCGUCGCAUGGAGUAGUAGAUGAAAAGAUCAGCAGCACUCGUGUCUUCUACCCAAAACCGGAAUUGCUGCGGAUUCGGAAAAAGUUUGGGAACAGAAUGGACCUGGAAGCGGAGGAUUGGUAUGAAAAAAAUGCCCACGUGCACGUCGACCAGAACUGCGCGAGAAUGAAAUCCAAUCACAACUCCAUUCACACCAGCAACGCCGUCGGGCAGCGCGGAGCAAACGUGUUCAACAGCAAAAUUACCCAACGUAACAGGACUGCAAGUUGUGCUUUAGACCACGUCGUGCACCAGCUGCAAGAAGACGAAGGAGCAAUUUUCAAUCAAGAAGGACCACAAAGAACAGCGUCAAAAAGCACCGGCGUUCUUGGACAGCAACAGGAGAAUGUGAAUGGCUGGCAACUACACGACAACGGCAAGAAUACGUCGUCCUGGAGCAGCACCUACUUCCACAUGUUUUCGCCUAUGAAUUGCAAAAGCUGCAUCGUACUAGUAGUAAUUGCAAUACAAAUAAUUGGCUCAGCAUUACAAAUUGAAUUUGAAAUGCGGAUUUGCCUUAGGAACUUGAUUUGUAAUGCAUUCAAUGCAAUUUUUAGUACGAGUGCGAUACUUUUGCGCAGGAUAGCGCCCAUGAAGAUCUUCCGACAGUUCGACCCUGUUUCUCUCGAGUACUGCUUCACAAUCAAAGCGAAGGCAAAGAGGAGAAGAGAACGACCUUUCGCGUCGACCGCGGUAAGUAAAUGUGGGGAAGAUGAUUCUCUAGAUCUCCCUCCACUCUGUGACAGUUACGUCGAGGUGGGCCUCAUCGCGUCUUCUCCGAGCAGUGCUGGUAGAAGUUGCACAACAGUAAAUUGUGCAAAGAUAAUCACGCUAGCACAGCACAACCGUGAGCAAGAGCAGCUACACGCGGAUACAACUAGAAGAACUUCUUGGCAGGAGCGUCAGCGCUGCAGCAGCAACAGUUUGAGUUUCUACACUGGAUCUUCUUCCUCGCCUUGCGCAGCAGCAACUUUAUUCGGUGGGGCCGCGUCUGGUGGUACAACCUUUUGCGACACCUGGCAAAGGAGCACGACCGUUGAGUUGUUCUCUACUUCACCAGUCGAAGUAGAUGAAAGCGCUCGCCUUUGUGAAGUAGAACUGCAAGGCCGCGAACAAGACAAGGUCCGUUCUUUUGAUUUUGUUUUUUGUCAUGCAGACCCGGAAUGAGCCUUGGCCCUUGGGACAUGUCCUCAUGCAGGUUGUGGGGCUGCAUAUAACCACCGCCCUUCUUCCUCAUUUAGACACUGCGACUUGAAGCGAAUGGUAGAGAACUGGAAAUCCACAGGUUGUAGUACCACUUCUGGAGACCCGCACGAUUACCAUCCGCGUGGAUGUGAAGCAGGGAAUCGUCUUUGCCGAAGAUGAGCAGAAGAACGCCGCUGGUUCUCCUGCGGCUCCUGCGACUCUGCCAGCUAAGAAUGUGUUGACGGCCCACCGCCGCACUAGUUCCAGUUCGCCCGGCGGAAUAAAGGGCAACAAGACGCGAGAGCUGUUCCGGUUCCCUCCGAAUGCCGCACACGUUCCGUUUGUGAAGUUGGUCACGUGUGGUCCUGUAUCAAUUGCAAAUGUGUCUGGAAGGCCUGGAACAACAAAAGUCGGGGUUUGUCAUGCACAUUUUGCAUGACCCGUGAGGUCUGUGAUGCAGGUCCUAGCAUCACAGAUUUUUUGACCGCUUUCACCCUUCCAGACCCAGACAUAUUUGCACUGCAUAUCCUGCAGGGGCUAUCAAAGCUGAUGACCAGAUGGAGAUGCUGGAGUUUGAAUGCGUUGAGAACAGUUGUAAGUAGGUCGUGAUUUUUAGUCGCCGUUCUUGCACGCAUCGUGCAACUUUGCGUUCUUUCGUUUAAGUACUUUAGUUAUCAAAUGUAAAAGUGUCUGGGUCUGGAAGGGUUGGAAUUGUGAUGCAAACUCUCUGGAACACACAAAAAUUUGUGUUGCAUGAGCGCCAAAAGCUGUCCAUUUCUUGGCACGCAAGCAGGAAGUUUCUCAUGCGAGAGAGGCAUCAUGAGGCGUGCUCAAAACCUGUGAUGCUUUUGCCUGCAUCAGACGCCAUCUGCGUGAUCCGAAAUAUGCAUGACAAAUCUCGCAAUCUUCCAGACCCAGACACUUUUACACUUGAUAUUAGUAAGUACCAGCACGGACGAUACAUGAUGAAGAUGAUGAAACAGAUAUAAUUUCAAUCGCCUCUAGUAGCUCUAGAAGCGAACACAAGACUCCUGAUGAUUCUCAGGCUCUAUACACUUGUAAUUUGGUUUUAAUCCCGAUCCCCCAAGAAAUAUUACAGAUAGAAUUUGGUCCCGCAACAAGUUGUUGCAGUUGAAAAAGUUACAAAAGCAAAGUAUUGUAUUUUGAGGCAGAAGAAAGACAGACUCCCUGAGCACCACUACAGUAGAUCGCAAUGUUUAGACAAUACAGUAAACCCUCCACCAAUUAUCUGAUUUUGAAAGUUUUGUUGUUUUGCGACAAUGUUGUGCACAUUUCAAUGUACCAAGAAAAACCAAAAGUAUUUCCCUGAUAUACCUUGUAUUGUACGCGUUUCAGAAUUUGAAUUUCCCUAAGACUACGACGAAGUAGAAGAGAAAGGCCCUGCUAUCCUUCAUGUUUCCCACCUUUUGACGUACUAAUCUGUUUUGCCCUUUGUAUCAAGAAGUAUUUGCAGAAAUAAUGGCAGCUCUGCCCUCUGCACUACAUCAGGUUUGUAUACCUACUUUGCUGUCACCUACUUGUAGUUUUCUCGCGUAGAUCAAAUAGUUUCUUCCCCUAUGUAUUGUUGUAUUUGCGAGUUGUUCUUUCUCUUUCUUUAGAGUUCUUACGCCUACGUCUUUGUACCACCCCCCUGCUCUGUUUGCCCCAAAGCACCCUCCUCGCUGCCUGCCGUCGAUGGGCGAGGAAAAUUUGAAUUUCAUUUUGUAACCGCAAAAUAAAGACUAAGACAACCUCUCUUACAACUACUGGCGUAGGUAUUUAGGUUUUUGUUUCCUUUCUCUCCCGCUGGCGACCGGGUUGCGAUGGCUAAU